GAUCAAUCAAUGAACCAUCAUUAGUUCCAACUUGAAUUUCAUCGAUCUAGCUAGUCUAAUAACACCAUGGCUGCUCUUUCUUCCUCUGCUGUUUCAGCAAUGCUGCUUGUCCUUCUAGCUAGCUUUUUCAUGGCUACCUCUGCUAGUACUUUCUUCCAAGACUUCGACAUUACUUGGGGCGACGGUCGUGCAAAGAUUUUCAACAAUGGGAAACUUCUUACUCUGUCCCUCGACAAAGCCUCUGGUUGUGGCUUUCAAUCCAAGAGGGAAUAUCUCUUUGGAAGUAUCGACAUGCAGCUUAAGCUUGUUCCUGGCAACUCUGCUGGAACUGUUACUGCCUACUAUUUGUCAUCUCAGGGCCCAAAUCAUGAUGAAAUUGACUUUGAAUUCUUGGGGAACCUCAGUGGAGAUCCUUACAUUCUUCACACUAACGUUUUCAGCCAAGGGAAGGGAAACAGAGAGCAGCAGUUUUUCCUCUGGUUCGACCCCACCAAAGAUUUCCAUACCUACUCAAUUCUCUGGAACCCCCAAAGUAUAAUAUUCUCUGUGGAUAGAAUUCCCAUCAGAGAGUUCAAGAACUUAGAGCCGAUUGGCGUUCCUUUUCCUAAAAACCAGCCGAUGAGAAUCUACUCCAGUCUCUGGAAUGCCGACGACUGGGCCACGAGGGGCGGACUCAUCAAGACAGACUGGACUAAAGCUCCAUUUACUGCAUCUUACAGAAACUUCAAAGCAAAUGCUUGUGUCUGGUCAUCUGGGGCUUCGUCUUGCAGUUCCCAGUCAUUGGUCUCCACAGUCAACUACAACAAAGCCUGGUUAUCACGGCAACUGGAUUCCACAAGCCAAGAGAAGAUGAGAUGGGUACAGAGGAAUUACAUGAUUUACAACUAUUGCACCGACACAAAACGCUUCCCUCAAGGCCUCCCUCCAGAAUGUGUCCACACCAACUGAAAAGGAUUUCAAGUUUCAAUACUAAAAUCAAAUCUAGCUAGGCUUUGUGUGCAGUACUCCAUUCAUUCAUUCAUUUUCUCUUACCUCUUUUUCGUUUUUUUAAUCUCCAAACCAAAAUACUUUUAUUCAUCAUUUUCUUUGUUGCUAUAAAACUGUAUUGUACGUUGAUGAAUUUUAUCCAUGGUUGAGCUGGGUCAAACUGACCUGUCUAUCUAAGCAAUGAGCAGUCUGGUUUCUAGAACAUUUAUGUAACUUUACAAUCAGCAACCGUUUCCA